AUGGGUCUUUUAUCUCGAUUCUGGCGUAAGUCGCCGGCUACUCCUUUAAAUGAUGCAGCUGUCUCCGCUGCUGCCGAGAACCCUUUUCUAGCCCGCAAGGGCUGGCAACCACACGGGCAGGAGGACUCCCAAGUCAUCUCGCCUGCAGAAGAGAUCCAUUUGCAUAUACCGGGCGCGUUUCCCUCAUCACCUUCUCUGUCCCCACGACUUGCGCCGAUUGAGCGCGCGGAGGACGAUGUACCAACGCAGGAGUUCGAUCGUAUGGAGAUCGAUGUUCCUUCCAUACCGGAACUUCACACCGAUCUUGGAGCUCACCUUCGUCCUACAAGGCUACGGCGAGCGCCGAGGCCAGCGCCUACCCAAGCCCCGCAUCCUCCGCCCACCCUAGCAUCAAGACAAGAUGAUGUACAUCAGGAUACCAUGGUCAUUGAGGACCCAUAUGCGGAACGAUUCAUGGCAUACGAAAAAUCAGAUUACCGCCAACCUGUUUCCGCCGUGCAAUUAGUGCACCCUCAAAAGAAGCCACUUCCCGUGGAUCGCAUUGCAUCCCUCUUGGCACCAGAAUGGGAGAAGCUGGAGCUGGAAAGACGAGAACUAGAAGGCGAUGAAGGGCGCCCAGCAAGAAUCAGACCACAAGGGGAAUGUGUGCGCCAAUUGUCGUGGGACUGGCUGGACAAGACUUCAAGAGCUAUGAAAAGUUCCGGCGUGGUGGCCCAAAACCUCUCCGGAGAUGCCCUAUACCAAAAAGACAUUGCCAGUUGCAUUGUACCGCUUGCUUGGCUCAACGAUGAAAUAAUCAAUUCAUAUCUUGCCAUUAUAACACAAUAUCUUCAACAGUCAACUGGGAAUAAGGCGCCAAACGACCGACCUCGCUACCAUGCUUUCAAUACCUUCUUCUUCUCCAGCCUUAGGGACAAAGGAUAUGACGGUGUACGCCGGUGGGCCAAACGGGCAAAAAUUGGUGGCGAAGGGCUGUUGGAGGUUGAUACGGUCUUUGUUCCCGUCCAUGAGUCCAGUCAUUGGACUCUGCUGGUAGUUAAACCGGCGGAUCGAACAAUUGAGUACUUUGAUUCCAUGGGUGCGCGCGGGGCGCGCCAAGUCAGAACGAUUAAAGCUUGGCUGGCCGGAGAGCUUGGAGCCAAGUAUGUUGACUCUGAAUGGACGAUACUCCCCUCGGCCUCUUCUUUCCAAGACAAUGGCAGCGAUUGCGGCGUGUUUCUUUUGACAAAUGCGAAAGCAGUCGCCUUGAACAUCGAGCCUACAGCAUUUGGAGCCCGUGAUACCACAUUACUACGAAGAAAGAUCGUGGCAGAGAUCAUGAAUGGUGGUCUACAUGGCGAGUUUAGUCCAAUUGAUAAAACCGGUGCUACCCUGCUUUGA